GCAGUGGCAUCUUGACGCAGCCGCAGUGGGUGCUGCUUACAGCAGCCGGUGGAGGUCAGAGAAGAGAAACUUGGAUCAGAAAAGAUGUCGGCUGCUAGUUUUACGUCCUUGAGCCGCUGUGGAGUUUUCGCUUUCCGCUCUCCUGCUGGACUGCUGGCAGUGCGGUAUGCCCAGACAGCAGCAGCUCCAGUUGUUCAGCCCAGAAUAAAGAAGUUCCAGGUGUACAGAUGGGAUCCAGACACACCUGGAGACAAACCCCGCAUGCAGACAUAUGAGAUUGACCUCAACACUUGCGGCCAAAUGGUUCUUGAUGCUCUCAUCAAAAUAAAAAACGAGAUGGAUUCAACCCUGACCUUCCGUCGCUCCUGUAGAGAAGGUAUUUGUGGAUCCUGCGCGAUGAACAUAAACGGAGGAAACACUCUCGCCUGUCUCAACAAGAUUGACUCCAACCUCAGCAAGCCCACCAAGAUUUACCCACUUCCACACAUGUAUGUGGUCAAGGACCUGGUACCUGAUAUGAGUAACUUCUAUGCUCAGUACAAGUCCAUCGAGCCAUACCUAAAGAAGAGGGAUGAGUCAAAGGAAGGAAAGGAGCAGUACCUUCAGUCUGUGGAGGACAGAGAGAAGCUGGACGGGUUGUAUGAAUGCAUCCUGUGCGCCUGCUGCAGUACGAGCUGUCCGAGCUACUGGUGGAACGGAGACAAAUACCUCGGGCCGGCUGUGCUCAUGCAGGCGUACCGUUGGAUGAUCGAUUCACGAGACGAGUUCACGGAGGAGCGUCUGUCCAAGCUGCAGGACCCUUUCUCCCUCUACCGCUGCCACACCAUCAUGAACUGCACCAGGACCUGCCCAAAGGGCCUGAACCCAGGAAAAGCAAUAGCUGAGAUCAAGAAGAUGAUGGCCACGUACAAGGACAAGAAGGCAGCAGCUGUUUGAAACUUCUGCUCUCCUUUUCUACAACUUGAUUGUUAAAUUAUUGAUCAUAAAACGCUCUUUGAGGUCCGACGGGCCUGAACAUCAGUAACCUCCAACGGCGCAUGUUUCUGUACUGGAAACGCGUGUGUGGCUGGAGGACGUGGCGUUAACACAAACGCACAAGUGCAGUGUGAAUGCUGGAGAGAGAGCGGGUCUGGCUCUUAGCAGAUGAUUUUACCUCCAACUUUACUGUGUGGAUGUUUGUGUACAUGGGAAACAUUUAGCUUCACAUUAAAGUGGAAUAACCGAAGCUUUUUCUUAUGUCUAACCAAUCUUCUUAGUUUUUGUUAGGGUUUCAAUUUUGCACUUGUAUGAAGGCAUACAGUAAACAGGUUCCCUCCUUACCGAAAACACUCUGUUUUUGAUGGAAAAUAAAUUGUUUCAGUGGUA